CCGCGAUAUCCGAUAACCAUUGCCGCCAUCAAUCGAUACAAGAAUGAAGUCCAAAUCUGCCACACGAAAGAGAAAGGCGCAGGCGCAAGCCGAGCCUGGCCAUAGCAGACUUUUGAAGACAGCUCGGCCUAUCUCCCCACCUCACAAUGACGAGCCAUUCGAGCCGAGAAGUCUCCAGGCUGUUAUUUCUGCGGAAGAGCUCGAGAUUACAGUCGAGACCCUGACAACACUAGCGCAAUACCCUGGCUUGAUCAAAUCCAAGCCUUGCAAAGACCUCCGAGUCGCGGUCCAUGAGUUUCGGCAGGCUUGCACCACGGGCGUUAACGCUGCUGCGGGCACAAACCUGACGGCGAGAAUAUCCGCUGCACUUGCAGAUGGGCAAUAUACGGAAGCGCGGAUUCUGCUUGCGGAGAUGCGAAUUCGCCGAGAGGAGCCCAAGCUAGGGGCCUUGUGUCGCUGGGUGCGAGACCUCGACGUCAUCAGCGGCCUCUCGACACGGCCUGGAGAGGUCAGUCAGGCCACGAACGUUACCGAGCGUUCAACAGAAGACAAGGAACGACUCCGUGUUCUUGACGCCGUCCUCCGCGCUACCGGCCUGGUCGACACUAACGUGAACGCGUUAUGCCACUCCCCCACCUCCACCUCUCCUUCCAUUGAGGUCCAAGACAUAUGGGACCUGCGGCCGUCGAUGACGCCCCACCAAGUUUACGACUCUGUCCUAGACAAGACAAUCUUUGCAUCGGCGCCCAGCUCCCUCCCUGACUCUCUGCGAAUCAUCGAAACCACUGAGGGCCCUCUGCGUAAACCCCCCAAUCACCACCCCGCCAUUCUUUACACCUCUGCCCCAAAUACCAUUCCCCUUUCUCCCGAGCCCCCAUCUAUAACCUAUCAUCCUCAUCCUAUCGUCCCCGGUCUGGGCCUGGCGACCAACGUCCUCUCCCCUGCUGAAUGCAAGGCCAUCAUCGCCGCAGGCGAGAGCGUUAAUUUUCUUCCCGACGCACCGGUCCGCGAGGACGGCGACGUCAGCGUCCUGGCCCACAACUUCUACUGGAUCAUCGACACGGCGUUCCACGAUGCGCUCUGGUCACGUAUCUCGCCUUACGUCCCCUCCGCCGUCAACGGCCGCGUGGCCCGGGGAGUCAAUCGACGCUUUCGCGUCUACCGCUAUGUCCCCGGCGCCGAAUAUCGAUGCCAUAUCGACGGGGCCUGGCCGCCUUCCGGGAUCGUCGCGGACCACACCUACGUCUACGACGCCUCGCCUGAAGGGAAGAAACAGAGCUCCUUGUUUACUUUCCUGGUCUACCUGAACGACGAGUUUGAGGGUGGGGAAACAACAUUUUUCCUACCGGCAGCACGAGAAGGGACGCUCAAUGCGUAUCCGGUGCGACCUGUGAUGGGUGGCGUGGCGAUAUUCCCGCAUGGGGACGCAAAGGGGGCGUUAUUGCACGAAGGAACGGGGGUUAGGAAGGGUGCGAAGUACAUCAUAAGGACUGAUGUAGAGUAUGAUGUUGAGCCUUCAGCAGACGCAUAGGGUUACGUGUAGGUAAUUAGACCAUUCCACAGGGGUUAGCACAAGGCCCCGUCAUGGCUCUUGACGGAAUGAUCGAAGGGUGCUGUCACGGGCGCUGCCAUCGCUCACCACCUCUCUGGCAACAGACAUAUUUAUGAUCCUCUCCUUUCGCUUGUGCGAACGCCGAAAACACCAUGGCAACCCCAGCUGGGACUCGACCACCCGAGGAAUCAUGUUGCCGCACUUGAUGGCAACUACGAGCGGCCUAUACCCCUUGGA